AUGGCGGCACUCAAGCAAAGCAAUAUUAUCCUCCUCUUCACGAGUCUACUCUCCCUCGUGCACCUCGCGACAUCCCAAAGAACCCCCAACGAAAACCUCGUCCUCGCUGACUGCGGUAUCGGCCUCGGCGUCAACGGCGGCUCCACCUCCCGCGAAAUGAUCUACUAUCCCGGCGACGUCUGGACGGGCAACGGCGCCGACACCAAUAAACCAACAAUGAUGGUCAAUGUCCCCUGGUCCGGUUCAUAUCCCUGGGGCCAAAAGGGCGGCGUGUCCGCACGCAUGCCCAACGGCGACGUGUUUACUGUGCACAUCAAUCCAAACAUCAAGGACCCCAUUGCUGCAGGCGACGCGUGGCAUAUGUAUGAGAUGAAUUUGCCGCUCAAAUGCUAUAGUUAUCAUCGUGAUAAGGUUUAUAAGCUUGAUGAUGGCAAGUGGUGCUCAAGUGCGUAUGUGUGCAAUCAUCGAGGCACGCCGACGCCGCAUGUUAAGCCGGCUCCGGCGCCGAACCCUGGGCCUGCGCCAGUGAAUCCGAGUCCGCCUUCCGGGGCUGCAAUUUGUGAUGUGUUGAAUAAUUAA